ACUACAAUCUCUUGGAUCCUCAAAUUUGUCCCAAUUUUCCCCUACAAACAAAUCCCUAAUCUCCUCGCCUAAUUCUAUAUAAUUACAAUCUAUCCACAGCUAAACCCACCAAGAAUCCCCCACUAAUCAGCUCGUCCGUCGUCACUCUGCCCCCCGCCGUCGCAAAAAAGUUGAUGAAGUCGGAUUCCAAAUUAAUCGCCGCCGGUGCAGAGAACCUGCAGGAGCCGCCGUGGCACCAGAAAGCGGGCGGCGGCGGGAACGGGACGAAAUCGGCGGUGGUAACAUGCUCCGUCUCCAAAUUAACCUUCUUCUCCCUCUUCUUCCUAAUCUCACUCCCUUACUUCUUCUACUCCCUCCGCUUCCCCAAUUACUGCAACCUCGCCUCCAUCCACCUCCCCUCCGCCGUCAACAACGACUCCACGGCGGCGGCGGAAGCAAAAACGUCACUCCGCCACAUAGUGUUCGGAAUCGCCGCCUCCGCCCGGCUGUGGGACCGGCGGAAGGAGUACAUCAAGCUGUGGUACCGCCCGGAGACGAUGCGGGGCGUCGUCUGGAUGGACAAGGCUCCGCCGCGACCGGCGGCAGCGGACGACCGCCGCCGUCUGCCGCCGAUCAGAAUCUCCGGCGACACGUCGGGGUUCGAGUACAGGCACGCGAAGGGGGACAGGUCGGCGAUCCGGAUAUCGAGGGCGGUGUCGGAGACGCUGCGGCUGGGGAUGAAGGACGUGCGGUGGUUCGUGAUGGGGGACGACGACACCGUUUUCGUGGCGGAGAAUUUGGCCGGUGUUCUGGCCAAGUACGACCACAGGGAGUGCUAUUACAUCGGGAGCAAUUCGGAGAGCCAUCUGCAGAACGUCAUGUUCUCGUACGCGAUGGCGUACGGCGGCGGGGGUUUUGCGAUCAGCUACCCGCUGGCGGUGAAGCUGGCGGCGAUGCAGGACCGGUGCCUGGGGAGGUAUCCGGCGUUGUACGGCUCCGAUGAUCGGAUUCAGGCUUGUAUGGCGGAGAUUGGGGUUCCUCUCACCAAGGAGCCGGGUUUCCAUCAGUUGGACGUGUACGGGAACGCGUUCGGCCUCCUGGCAGCCCACCCAGUAACGCCGUUACUCUCCCUCCACCACAUCGACGUCAUCGACCCGAUCUUCCCCAAAGCCAGCCGCCUCCAGUCCCUCCACCGCCUCGCGCUCCCGAUGUCGCUGGACCCCGCGGCCCUCAUGCAGCAGUCCAUCUGCUACGACAGCAGACGGCGCUGGACGGUCUCCGUCUCGUGGGGCUACGCCGUCCAGAUCGUGCGUGGCACCGUCUCCCCGCGGGAGAUGGAGAUGCCCGUCCGCACCUUCGUCAACUGGCACAAGAAAGCCGACUACAGGGGCUACGCCUUCAACACCCGGGCCGUCCACCCCAACUCGUGUCAGACGCCGUUUGUGUAUACGUUGUCGCCGUCGCCGUCGAAUAAUGAUAGCGUGGUGUACAGCUCGACGACGGGGGAGACGACGAGCCGGUACGUCCGUUCACGGGGAGAGAAUCCCAAGUGCAAGAGCUGGAAGGUUGAGGAUCCGUCCGGGGUCGACCGGGUCGAGGUUCAUAAGAGGCCCGACCCAAACUUCUGGGACAAGGCACCAAGGAGAAACUGUUGCAGAGUACUGCCCUCCAAGAAGAGAAGAACGAUGGUGAUUGAUGUGGGGGAGUGUAGAGCAAAUGAAGUUGUGGAAUUGCGAUGAUAAUUUUUUUUUUUACUGAAAUCAGUUAGAAAAUAAGAAGUAUAGAAGAAGAAGAAAGAAAAGAAAGAAAAAAAAGAACCAACUACUGUUUUGUAGUGAUCAAUUGAUUUUUUAUUAGCUUAAGAAAAUUGAUUGUUUAUUAGUUCAAUUUUUAUACGGUGGAGCUGUGGAAGAACCGGAAGAUGCUUGGCUUGUGAAUACGAGGGACGAGAAAGAGGAGAAGAGAAGAUAAGGGUUGGAAGAGAUUAGACUAAUUCUUCUGUAAGAUGUUUCCUAGCUCAUAUGCAAACACAUAGCUCCGGUUGGAAAAAUGACAAAUUCCCCAAUUUUAGGAAUCAAAUUCGAAUUGAAAGAUGAACAAUUCGACUCCAUUUGGUCCGAGAGUUGGUUCUAGACUAAGACUGCAAAUUUCCUAAUUUGAUUUCGUUGAAAUUUUCUAAUUUCAGGAACCAAAGUCGUAUCGAAAGAUGAAUGGUUCAAUUUGAUUUAAGAAUUGAUUCGAUCUGAUUCUAUCCCGUACAGACCGAAUCGUAGCUCAUCGAUAAUGCAAACUCCUUAGUCCCUACGCUGUCUUUACCUUUUAAUUAGGGUAAUGUCUAUUUUGUAACCAAAACCUUUUUCAAAUUCUUUUAUAUUACCCAAACCUAUCGAAGUACUAAGAAUUAGCCAAAUGUUAACUUUCAGUCAGCAAUUUUGUUAGUGAUAUUGACUUGGCAAGAUGAUAUUGACUUGGAAGAGACAGAUGAUGGUCAACAUUCCAAAACUUUAGCAUUUUAACUAAGAAAAGAGUUAUAAAAUUAUUAACGAUAACAUAAAAAUGGUUAAUAUUUUUUAUGUUUUAUGAAAUAUUUGGCUAAUUAAUAGAAUUUUAAUAGGUUUGAAUAAUAUAAAAGAAUCUGAAAAAAAGUUUGGAUAAAAAAUAGACCUUGUCCAUUUAAUUAAAUGUAAUUUUCUGA